CUAUUGAGUGUUAAGACUCAGUCGCUGUCAUUGCUGUAUCUCAGAAAGCUGUAGUCUCUAAUCUAUCACAGCAUGAACUGGCUUUAUAUCCUUUUAUUGGCCCUUUGGUCAGCUUUCAAUUUGUCUGAUGCAGUGUACUGGAAUUAUCCUACAACACCAGCACCAACAACAUCUUCAAGUCUUUGCUGGUACUGGUACAACAGACCAUGUAACUGGGCCACUACUCAAACACCAUACAGGAGGAAUGUGUAUUACCAGACGCAGACUCAAGCCCCCUCUUGGAGGAAACCGUAUUACUAUGCAACAACUCAACGCCCCUACAGGAGGAAUGUGUAUUACCGGACGCAGACUCAAGCCCCCUCUUGGAGGAAACCGUAUUACUAUGCAACAACACCAUUUUGGCGCAUUCAGAAUGGACAUCAUUCAGACGUCCCAGUGCCAAGUAUUACAGUAUUCAGGCAGACAGAGGACAGAGAGCGUGUGAUCGUCAUGUGUUCAUUUGGAAGGAGGCUCACUGAGAGCUCUUUCCAGCUGUCACUGAAGAGUGAAUACAACUAUGCCUUAAAGAACCCACGGUGCUUUUCAAAUGACGUGUGUGUGUUUGAUGUGAAAGUGAGUCCUCCGGUUUCCUUCACCUGCGUACACCAGAUUAAUUAUUUUGUGAACCGUCAGAGUGAGACCUACACAUACAGCCUGUCAGAUUUUGCUGCAGAUCCUCAUUGCUUGGAUCCUCAUUAUGAAGGAGCAUCUUCAUCCUACAUUGGCUUUUUCUCCUUCAUUGCUGUUGGUCUCUUCAUCAUGACUGCAGCAGUGACCGUUGCCACCAUUAAAAGCAAAGCGAAAGGUUCAGUGAAUACUGGGACAGAUAAUGACUAUACUGAUGUAUAAGAGGACGUCAGAGUUUCUGAAGAGAAAAGAAUGGACAACCAAUCAAUUGAUCAGUUCAGAUUGAUCAAAUGAAUUUCUGCAUGCUGAACUUUAAUACUCUUUCAAAAUCAUAAAAUUCUCUAAACAAAGUAAAAAUAAUAUAUAUAUAUAU